AGAUCCAUGGUGUGUUGAGCGCCACCUGUGAGUUACCCAAUGCAAUUGCGUUACGCAUUGACUCACUCCCAAACAUAAAGUCACACCGCUUUCCCUUCAGCUUCUGCAUGCACUCUACACGAUGGAAACCAAGUUCUGGGACCCUCCUCUUUGCUCUCACACUUUCCCCCUUCUUCCUCGUCUCCCUCUUUCUUCUCUCACUCUUCGCUUUCCCUCCACACCACCGACCACGCGCCUCCUAGCUCACGCUUCCGUCUCCGACACCCAACAAACUCCGCCUUCUGUUACAGUCAAACCCACUUACUCCCCCACUCCCCCCAAUCGAGACCUUCGAACCCCUCACAGCGGGUACCAUUUCGAUGGGACUACUCGCAAAUUCUUCGAGGGAUGGUACUUCAAAGUGUCCAUUCCGGAACGGAGGCAGAGCUUUUGCUUCAUGUAUUCCGUCGAGAGUCCCUCGUUUCGCAAGCCGUUGACGCCACUCGAACAGUUGCAAUAUGGGUCCAGGUUCACCGGUGUCGGAGCCCAAAUUCUCGGCGCCGAUGACAAGUAUAUUUGUCAGUACUCUCCCGAAUCGCAAUUCUUCUGGGGAAGCAGGCAUGAGCUGAUGUUGGGGAACACUUUCGUGCCCAACCAAAACUCUAAACCUCCAAACAAGGAGCUUCCUCCUCAGGAAUUUAAUGAUAGAGUGUUGGAAGGUUUUCAAGUCACUCCCCUUUGGAAUCAAGGUUUUAUUCAAGAUGAUGGAAGGUCAGAUUAUGUGGAAACAGUAAAAACGGCUCGUUGGGAGUAUAGUACACGUCCUGUAUAUGGUUGGGGUGAUGUUGGGUCUACACAGAAGUCUACCGCUGGGUGGCUUGCAGCUUUCCCUGUUUUUGAACCACAUUGGCAAGUAUGCAUGGCUGGUGGACUGUCAACAGGUUGGAUUGAGUGGGAUGGCGAGAGGAUUGAGUUUGAAAAUGCUCCGUCUUAUUCAGAGAAGAACUGGGGUGGAGGAUUCCCGAGAAAAUGGUUUUGGGUUCAAUGUAAUGUUUUUGAAGGUGGUAGUGGAGAAAUUGCACUUACGUCAGCUGGUGGAUUGAGGCAAAUUCCUGGAAUAACUGAGACCUAUGAAAAUGCUGCAUUGAUUGGAAUUCAUUACGAUGGAAAAUUUUACGAAUUUGUGCCAUGGAAUGGUGUUGUUAACUGGGAAAUUGCUACUUGGGGUUAUUGGUUUAUAUCAGGGGACAAUGGCAAAUAUGUGGUUGAAUUAGAAGCAACAGCAGAGGAUCCAGGUACAACAUUGCGUGCUCCAACAGCAGAAGCUGGGCUUGCCCCUGCUUGUAAAGAUACAUGUUUUGGAACUCUAAAACUGCAAAUGUCGGAACGAAGAUAUGAUGGCAGCAAGGGGAAGAUAAUUUUAAACGUUUCAAGUAACAUGGCAGCUCUAGAAGUUGGAGGAGGUCCAUGGUUUGAUACUUGGAAGGGAAAGACAUCAACACCAGCAGCCCUAAAACGUGCCCUUGAAUUACCCAUAGACGUAGAAAGCAUUUUUAAUCUUGUUCCUCUGUUUAAACCACCUGGCCUGUAGUCAAUUGGUUUUUAAUUUAAUAAUGCUCCAUAAUGCACGCAUGCUCUAUUUUUACCAUUUUUCUUAUAAUAGUGCAUGAAAGGAUUCAAAAUUUUAUCAUAUGAAUAGAAAGGGAUUGUUGUUGAGAAAAGAA